AUGCCAUCGCGCCGUAGUCACACGAAGUCUAGGAAGGGGUGUUUGGAGUGUAAAAGGAGACAUGUCAAGGUGAGUUCCACCAAUUUUACUACCCUGAACCCGUGGGGGGUGUUGGAUGUGGCCCAGGAAUGUGCCUGGAUCGUGGCUCAGGUUGCCUUUACGGAUGGCAGUAACCCACCAGCUGAGACCAAUAUUCUGACGCAACGCGCAGUAUAUCCUCCCCCAAAUGAAGACGAGGACAGUCCCAUGGCAUCCAGCGCCCAGGAUGAAACAGAGAGUGGCACCGUGACCCCAUCAAGGGAUUUCCCACAGGCAACACGUUUGCUUGAGACGAGAUUAUUCCACCAGUACAUGACUUCAACGUACCAGACUCUGUCGCAGGAUGGUCUGUCAGCACACCAUCUCUCCAUGACGAUUCCUCGCAUGGCGGCAUCUUGCCAUUACCUACUUGACAGCAUCCACGCAUUUUCUGCGUUACACUUGGCCUCGGUUGAACCUGAUAAUCGGGCUUCGUGGCUGAAUCAUGCUGUGCGAUAUCAAAGCCAGGCAUGCGCUGGACUGAGCAAGGUUCUUCCAGAAAUCUCACCACCAGAUUACGAACCAGCAUUUGUCUCGUCCAUCAUCAUUAUGCUUUUCGCCAUGGGAUCGCGAGUAUUAUCUCUUGAAACUCGACCACUGGAUCCGGUUUCGGUGGUUCUCGAGGCUCGCACAUUAAUGUCUGGCCCCGCCAUGCUUUUUUCCCGGAUACUUGAAGGCGGGGUUGACACACAGCUGGAUGGCUGGCUGUGCGCUCCUGACACACAAGAAAGCCUCGAAACUAUGAGACAUGAUCACGGCGGCAACUCGGUCGAAAACACACACGUAUUAUUCAGCCUGCACAAGUAUGUUCUAGUGGCAGAAAUAGUGACGUCGCUGGCUCGACUUCAUUCGAUCAUUGACACAAGGAAAGGUUCAGAUCAACCGAUCUACUAUGCCACAUGGCAGCAGUUACACCAGGCAGUCGAACCGUGGCCAAAGAUUGGACCACAUGGCGGCCCCCUUGCAUGGCCCUUAUUCCUCUCUGACAAGUUUUCCUCACUGCUCCAACAUGGCGAUUGGAUUGCCCGAGCUCUGUUUCUGCAUUAUGGCAUAGCUAUGCGUCUCCUGUGCCAUCGAUGGUACGUGCGCGACUGGGGUCGUCGGCUAGUAUCGGCGACACUGGAAACACUGGACAAGAUCCCUCAGGAGUGGGAGGAGACUAUCUCUUGGAUAAGACGAGCCGCUGCAAGGGAGGACUAG